AUGUCUGUCGACAGCUUUAUUCAGCCCCGCGCAAGUGUCGACAGCAGCGAGCAUUCUUCAGCGCCUCAUGCGCAUCUCAGGACACCCCUGAGAUCUGCAGAUCCCGCGCUGGACCCGAGAUGGAACAUGUCCUUGACAAACGCCGCGGAGAGACACGCAUAUUUGGAAUCUAUCGCGGGAGAGUUGCCAGAGAUUGAUCGAAGGGUCCUCACUGCGUCUGCUGGUACUCCACCUUCGGGAUCGCACCACCCCCCGUCAGCGUCGAGAGCACUGUCGGAUACUGAAGACGGCCAUGGCGGGGGAGGGACGAGGAGGACGAGUAUGCUGAGGAACAGGCUCAUGCAAGGGCGCAAUCUGGGCUCUCUCAACAGGGCCCCAGGCGGCUCACAAGGUGGCGGGUCCAGUGCGCCGACCGUCCCGCCUUUGGUCGGUAGCGGUAGUGGCGCAUAUCCCUUGUCAAACGACGCGAGAGCGGGCUCAUCUUCGUCUUCAGUCACCACAGUCCCGACGACGCGAAGACUAGCCGUCUCGUCGGCUGGCACCAACCCGACGGCUUCGUUUCCGCACGCGCCCUCUGCGUCCUAUCCGCAACAGAUUCCGCUUCCUACCUCUCCACCGCCAGAACCACGCCGCGCCAAUGCUCCGGGUCCGAUCACCGUCAGUCGUCAACGGACCACGAGCAUUGCAGGAGCGGCCAUGCCCUCGCCUGGUUUCCAAGCUUCUCACACGAGCCAACCUCUCCAACUACUCACGACAAGGGAUUCAAACGUACAACCCAUCAACGAUCCAGAGUACUGUUUGGCCUUUGUAGGGGCCAAAGGGUGCGGAAAGUCGACUCUCAUUCGCAAGAUUAUCAAAAACUACAACCUGGCAGAUACAAGUGUGAUUCAAGUUGCAGGUUCUACCGGGUUGGUCAAACCCGCCACCCCACACCUAGGGCUUUUCCAGUCACUUACUUGCCUUUUCCGAGCAGUCUCCUAUACCGACUUGCGCAUCGAUGGCCCUGUCCCAAAGACGGUCCGCAUUUUCGAACUGGACACCGCGUUGAGCACGCCAGAACAACCAUGGCCUUUACCGAAUCAAAGAUUAGAUGGUGUCAUGAUCUGUUACGAUGUUUCAGAGCCUAGUUCGUUUACUCGAGUGAUGGAUGUGAUUGCCGGAUUUACUGGUCAUAACCUCUCCAUCAUCGCCCUUGCAUGUAAAUCUGACCUCGAAAUGGCUGUUCUGCCCCGUGACGCCGAUUUGGCCUUGCGUCAGUUUGGAGUCGGUCUCAUCGAAGUCACGGCCAACACAGAGGAUGGGAAAAAGAAGAUGAGAUCGGCAUUCUCUUGGGCAAUCAAAUCCAUUGGAAGACAUCGCCGUGGCAUGCUUGACCUGUCAGAUCCAUCUCAUUUAAACCCAGCCUCACCCCAAGCAUUGCGUGGCUCGCAACCGUUCUGGGACGGUCUAACGACGACCUCGGGAUCCGACACUGCGGUCCAUUCGCUUACUUCUGGUGGCCGCCAAUCCAAUGGCUCGAUGCCAGCCAUUCUACCGACCGAUAGUCAUGGAACUAGCGCAAAGCAGCUGUCGAAUGGCAGAUCCCCAACCCUCCCGUCUACUGCCCGCACGUCCUUCGACUCUGUCAUGGCAGAGUCUGACACUCUACGGUCCGCCACACCUCCACUGCGUCACUCGCCCUCGUCACCGACAAAUUCGCCCAUACGAACGCGGUCCGCAAACGACAUGGUCGCGGACACUCCAGUUCGGCCUGGGACAGGAACCGGCACUGCCACUAGCACCUCCGCUACAGCGUCUCCUCACCCGGGAGCAUCAGAUGGACCGCUUCCAAGAACGGCUAGCUCUUCCUCCGCUCAACAGACUCCUUUGCAAGGAAGAACCGGGGGAACCAACGACGGAACAGCCGUCGCCCCUGACGUGGCGCGCAAUCAUGACAGCACCUCGCUGCAAUGGGCUACGUUGGACGAAAUCUUGGACAAAUUGCUCUUUGUCUCCGUCUCGGGAGAUGAUCCCGUCUUCAUCCAGCACUUUUUCCUCACCUAUCGCCGCUUUGCGAGCCCGCGGAGCGUCCUUCUUGGCAUGCAGAAACGGAUGAUACAACUGAGCAAAGAAACUCGUGAUCCACUGCUUGCAAAGUUUGCCCAGAUGCGCAUAUGCAACCUCUUGUCUCAGUGGAAGGACAAUUAUCCGACCGACUUUGGAGCUCCAGGCACCUUUGGUGCACUUUCAGCUCUGCUCAAGCAAAUCGUCUCAAACGUUCAUCUUGUCCACUAUGCGUCCGACUUGUUGCCUUUCUUGGAGGAAGUGCCGAACCUCACGGACCGCGAGGCAUCAUGGAGUAAAAAAGAGGACACGGUUGGUGUGGAUAGCGAUGAUGAAGUUGCAGACGGUACAGACGAAGACGCCGUCCUGGCAUUGGAAGAUGACGAAGAGACUUACCUCGGUAAGGCAAAGGGCGCGUUUGAAAAGCGACCACCCGCGUCGUCAAACCCAGGACCACCACCCCAAACCACUCAAAGACCGUAUCCGCCCAAAGCGUCCUCUUCUGCACCCGAUGUUGCCACCGUUUCUAGCCAGCCCUCGAUGCCAGCGCAGCCCCGAUUGCCAACCGGCUCGUCUCAUCUCCAGCAGGCGCCUGAAAAGGUUAUUACAUCCACGCGCAUCACUGGAAAGCAACCUCGCGUAAAUCCGCGAGAGCUUAUGAACGUUGCGAAUGCCAUUCAAAACAUGGAAACCGUGCAUAUUGCUCAAGAAGUGACACGGCGGAUGCUGCUGCUCUUCCGACGAAUAGAAGCGCGGGAUUGGUUGCGACGAACACUGAGUAACAAGGAUUACGAUAAAGAGAAUGAUUCCAUCGGCCAGCUGGGACAUCUUUUCAACUACUUGUGUUGCUGGGUGUCGGCCAUGAUCGUCGUCUUUGAUCGUCCGAGCGCACGUGCUAAAAUUAUGGAGAAGCUAGUCAUGGUGGCAAAAGCUCUCCGUCAACUCAACAAUUAUAUGGGGAUGAAAGCCUUUGUGGCCGGGAUCAACAGCGUGAGAGGAAACGAUGACGAGGAGCUCACGCAGAUCAUGAUGGCGAAACCGAACUCGCUUUGGAAAGGGUUCCAGAGCUUGCACGUCCUUCUCAACUCCAGGGCUAUGGGCCAGACUUACCGUCUAGCCUUGAAACACACUGUGGGACCUGCCAUUCCAGACUUGGAACGGCAUGGUUCCGAUCUGUUCAGGACGGAGGAGCGUAAUCUCGACUACCAUCCGCAAAAUCCCAACCUCAUUCAUUGGGGCAAGUUUACACUGAUGGGAAAACUUGUCGGAACGAUUACACUGUACCAAAACCGGUGCUUCACGAUGCCCGAUUACAGGGACCUUGAGGAACGCCCAACCAUUGGCAACUUGGUGUUCAACCAGGUUGUAUGGGACUACGACACGCUCAUGAUUCGUGAAGCUCGUGCUUUGGAGGAGGCGCGGAUAAACGAGUCGUCUGGGAAACGAGGGUGGAAGUUAUAUUUCAAAUGA